UCAGAUAUUCUUGAAUCAGAAUAUGGAACCUUUUAGUGCCAAGUCAACUGCUUCUGUCCCUUCUCAUCCAGUGCAUAAUGUCUUUAUAAAUCAGGAGACCAGCAUAGAGUUGAAGAAAGAAAAACUUCAACAUGAUCUGUAUGAACUGGUGAAGCGGAAUGUGAUCCAAGUAGGUCAAGACUUUUAUUUGCAAAAGAUUGGUAUACCACAAGGAAGUAUAGUUUCUUCUUUCCUGUGUUCAUUUUACUAUGCGCAUAUGGAGACCAAAGUACUCCUUCCAUUUCUUAAAAACAUACAUGAGACUCACUAUUCUGAAACUACUGAAGGAGAGUUACAAGAAAGACAUACUUGUCAAGAUGUUGAUUUAACGGAGAAUGCAAGCUGUUAG